AUGUCGUCAAAGAAAGAUAUGCGGAGGGCUGACCUCGCCAUCCCCUACGUCGAUCCUCCCAAGAGCAGCAGCGAUGCCGAUAUCUCCAGCACAAUGUCGAGCACCAUGCCCAUGGCCGCUAUGUUCACUCGCAACCGUAUGAUCGGAUGGGUUUCAUUCGUCUUUUCGCUCCAGACCUGGCUCGGUGAAUCCCCAGACCAGAAGAAGAAUGCUGCUACACCGGCUUAUAUGUCGGUUCUCAUGUCCUUGAUGGCCCUGGUUGUUACCUACUUCCCGCUCUUCAUGCCUCCCCAGGCUCCUGGUGGCCGUGCCGCCGCCAUACCGACUCCCCUGCCUUCGGCCUAA